UUGAAGCGCUUAGAUUAGGUAUCGGCGUUCUUGGCAGAGUUGGGGACUCGGUGACUCGGGGGAAGCGUUUGACUCAAAGACGACAGGUGCCACAACACCCUGGAUACAUUAGUCGCCCCGCUUGGGUUUGCUGUAAGCAGUGUAGACUGCGCUACCAAGUACCAAGCCUCGCUGCACGCACUGUCCAAAGUUUCACAGACUGAGGCUCAGACGCCCUGCCACAGCUUCCUAGUACUGCAUCAUGGCUAAUAAACGACGAGAGGGCCAGUUGAGUAGGAGUUUAGCAGCAGUGGCACGCGAAAUUAAGGAGGUUUCAGCGGCCGUGAAAGACGUGGAGGGCCAAAUAAUUGCCGUAGAGGAUAAAAUCUCUGAGGUAGACUCGAAGCUUGACUCAAUCGAUGUCGAGCUCCAACGCCCGAAGCUUGGCAAGGACGCCAAGCUCCGGUUGCUGACGAAGGAGGAGGAUCUGCGGAGAGACAAGGAGUGGCUGCGGACGAAGGAGGAGCUGCUGUGGAGGGAGGAGGAGCUGCUGCGGACGAAGGAGGAGCAGCUGCGGAUGGAGCUGCUGCUGCUAAAGAAGGAGCAGGAUCUGCGCGCCGAGGCGCGGGCGACCGUGUCAAGCUCAGUCUCGUACCUGCAGCGCGUGUUACUCAUGGAGGCGCCGUCCAAGACCAACAUGAAGCGGGAGCAGCUAGACAAGGCUGGGGGCCCACUCAUCAACAACUGGCGCCCCACGCAGGAAGCAGCUGGCGGGUUGCUGCCAGCGCUUGCGCAUCUCACGUUUGGGGAGGUGGCUGAGCUCCUUGCCAGCGACGCUGCAGUGGACCAGGACGCCGUCAACGUGGCCGGUCAGCUGUGCUGCAUUUGCGCGGAGAUCUACGACAACGAGACUGCGCAGGCCCAGCUAACCAAACACGUCCGAGGCCUGCUGCUGCCCUACCUGACGGGCCCGGAGGUGGUGCAGAUCACGUCCGGCUUUGCUGGCAAGGACGUGAGCCCCGACUGGGCGCUGGGUGACCGCGCCAACGACCCCCAAAACCUGUUCCUGAUUGGGGAGUUCAGGCCAGGCAUUGGCGGCUCGGGAGACUUGCAUUUCCAGGGCGCCAACUAUCACCUGCACUUCUGGCGGCGGCGCACAGCCUCCAACAUCUUCAAGGACACUCGCUGCCCUGCCUUCUUCCUUGAGGUGGUCGGCCCGCACGUGCGGCUGUCUGCGGUCGCGUGGCUGGACCGCGUGACUAUCUUCCCGCUGACGCCGCUGCUCAACCUGCUGCCCGCGCACCCCGUGACCAAAAGCCUGCUGAUGCCGGUGGCACGCAUGCUGGCUGCGCUGCGCGUUGGGCUGCGCAAGCUAGCUCAGGCCCACGCCGCCAUGCCAGUGCACACGGCGGAUGAGCCUGACCAGGUGGCGCAAGCAGGACCGGGGCAGGCGGGAGCCCAGGAGACGAGAGAAGCAGAGGCGGACGCCGCAGAGCCGAGGGCGGAGGACGCCGUGGCGAAGGCGGAGGACGUGCAGCGUUCCGCGUGUACGGACGUGUUCAAGCUGCCGUGGCCCAUCGCCAUGGACGCCCGUUACGAUGCCGAGACGGCGCGUCUGCUGGCCAAUCACACGUACUACGUGGACCUGGCUGGCAUUGAUGAAAGUGUGGUUGUGAAGCUGUGCGAGAGCUACGGCCUGGAAGCCCAUCAGGAGUGGGCGGACCUGGGCCUCGCACCCAAGAUCCUGCGCUCAACAACGCUGCCUGGUGGUUGGCUGCUGGUGGAGAUGGAGUGGCUGCCCGCGCCAGAGUGGCGGCCGCUGUCGGGGCUGUCGGAGAAGGAGCUGCGCAAGGCGGAGCGUGCAGUGCAACAGGCGCUGGAGCGCGCGCACAUCGCAACGAACAUGGUGCACGGCGACGCACGGCCUCCAAACUGCCUGGUGCGGCGUGGCAAGGGGGCCGGCUCCUGGGAGGUACGGUUCGUGGACUUUGAGUGGGCGGGGCCGGAGGGCGAGGCCACCUACCCCGUGUGCCUGAACACGGAUAUCCCGUGGCCUGAGGGCGUGCGCUACGGCAAGCCGCUGCAGCAGGAGCACGACAUCCAGCUGCUGGCAGCAACGCUGGCAGCCCGCCGCGCCACCGCUGCGCCCUCCACGACCACCCGCGCCACUGCGGGCAGACGGCGCGGGACCCGGGGCCCUGGCGCAGCACAGUCGCUGCACACGGCAGCCAAUUAUCGCUCAGCAGUGCCGCCAGGCGCUGCAGCGGUCUCUGCUGGGCACCGAAUCGUCCGCGUGAGCUGGCGGCAGCGGGGCGCCAUCAGCUGGACGCGGACUGCUGCCCCAGGCAGGCCGCUGGUGUGGUGAGCGGUAUGCAGCAAUGAUUGGUAUCGCGAUUAUAUGUAUGAUUGGGGAGUAUGCGUCAUCUCAUCGGCCGUUUGGAUUGAAUGGCAGGCUGACGAUCUGCGUUUGCAUGCGCGUUGUCAGCGGCAGCAGAGCGUAUGAGGAACGAUACAGGAGCAGUAGCAGAUUUAUGGAAUGCGAUUGUGCGCGUGUGGGUGGGUGUGUGGGUAUGGUUGGGGGGGGGCCAGAGUGCACAUGGCUGAGUGGAUGGGCGUCGGAUAUAUAUGGUGCGGCAACGCGCCCCAGCAUAGACCCAUGGACCCGCCCCACACCCAUGCGUGGGCAGUCAUACAUGAUGGGUGUGCUUGGUGUGACACCGAUUAUUGACGAGUGUUGCGGAACUAAUGCGUACGUAGACCAGAGCGGAAGGCGGAGUGGGCUUGCAGGCGGCACGAGAGUAGGCAGUCAGUAGCGCAAGUUGCGAAUUCACAUGUUACCUCGUAUCCGACGGUAAACGCUGUGGACUGUCGUGCCCAUGGCUGGCUGACGGAAGGUGGCUGCUGUAUUGGGAUGGCUGGGCUGGACGACGGCGACGAUUCUACCACUGUUGCGGCUCGAGGUGUUAAGUGUGGCGCCGCCCUCGUAGCGCCGGUACCCAGGAUGAGCAUGCGCUUUGUGAUGGCUGGACGCCGACAGAAAGAUGGCACAUCGCCUGCAAGGUCUUGAGGCGUGGUUCAGUGGUUGAAGCUGCAGACGCUCAGACGAGUAUACGACGCGGGGGCCAGGCACAUCGUCUGUGCUUGUCGGUACACACGUGCGGCGCCCAUUAUGCACACGGUGCGCGACGGUGCAGAACGGGUUGGAUCCGAGGGCAUGGGCAGCAGCGGCGUACAGUAGCCGGUUGCCACACAUGCAGCGACGGGGUGGCUGUGCGGGGCUCCGUCGGAAUAUGUGAGGUAGAGACUUGGGGGCUUCGGGACCAUGGACCAGGAGGACGCCGCAGCUGAACGCCAGGCCAUCAAUGCCGUACGCACCCGGCGAAAGCCGGAGGGGGGUAGCCAUCCAUGGGAUGGUGUGUAUCAAGUAUGAAGUGAAGU